UCGAGUGGUUCAGUUGGUAUUGGAUGAAUUUAGAGGAUGAUUACGUCAGCAAUUCAGUCAGCUGUCAUUUGUCCCACGAUACCAUGUGUCUAGGUGUAAAUCAGGAGCAAACGGUUUCCAGAAAAGUGUUGUAGUGCUGUCAUUUUUUCUUCAUAAACUCGGAUACAAUCAAAUUUUACUACAACUCUUUCGGGCAUGGGUGACGUGGAAAUUGAGGUCACUGGAACAUUAACGCACCAGCAACCUCUCGAAACGUCAAACAAAAUGUUCCAAUUACCUAUGCACAUAUCACUGUCUUCUCCUGCAGCAAGAGAAUGGAUUGGACAGCGUCGAGAAAAUCACCAGCAACUUUCGGGCUCCAUCAAGCAUUCCAAGAUUGAAAUAACAUCACCCCUGCUGCUUAUUGCUGUUGCAGCAAGUCUUGGUGCAUGCUAUAUUUUGUCUCUGAAAAACAAUGAAAGAAAAGUAAUAUUAUUUGGCAGAGAAAUUAGUUUGGCACAACAAUAUGGGUUGAUAGCAAUAUGUUCUAUUCCAGUUUUUUAUUGGGCUGGUGCAGGAGCUGCAUUGUUUUGGGUACUAGGUGCAUCCUUUUUUGUUGUAACACUUCAUGCAGCAUUGUACAACAUUGAUGCUGUUUUAACUCCUGAGGAGGAACGUUUUGACCUAGUCAUGGAAAACGUAUAAUUUUGUGUAAUAUAUUGUACAUAUAUCUACAUUUAACUUUUAUGUGAGAUAAUAGAAUAGUGUUGGCUUUUACCAACUAAUGGAAGUUUUAGUUUUAUGUAAUAUGUGUUGUAUACUUUUAUAACAUAUCAUGAAUCAAGAAAAUCUUAUUAAUUUUGUACUAAAUGUGAACUAAGACCCUUUCUGACUCUUCAAUUCAUGUUCAAAGACUUACUAUGUAAGAAACUACGUGAAAAAAAAAAUUUUUUUGAGCAUUGUAGUGUUUUAGUAAAGUUGGAAAGAAUCUGUGGAUUGAGAGGGUAAUACACCAAAGCCAUUUGAAUUGUGAUUCUCAGGAUUGUUGAAAGGAAGUUUUUAUUUACCAAAAUGUGAGCCUUGUUCCUUGAAGACAGAAGUCUGCAAUAAAAUAUGUUACCAACAAAACGGCCUAUCCUGUAAAAAUUGGUCAUGUUUCAAUUUUUAAAUCCAUCCCGUGUUUGUUAAAAAUAUAGCAAGUUGUUUGCAUGUUAUUGUUGCUGCAAAAUAGGUAAAAAGCAAAUGCAGUCUUUAUACUUUUACUAUCACAGUCUCCUGAAAUUGUUGUUCUUAGGCCUGCUGGGAAACGUGGAGCUGUGUAACCUCAAGCUCAGAGUUCAGGUUCAGAUAUAUGGACAUUUGUCUGAAAUAAUGAUUUUUGCAUAUGAGAAUAUCUGGAGUGACUGUUUUGUUUGCUUGGGUAUACAGAUAUUUGUAAGUUAUUUCCAAUAAAUAUUCAAACUUUUUAGGUGUAGGAAAGUUGUCUUGAUCUUAUAAUUGUACUUCCUUGGACUACUAAAUCCUUGGAGCAGAUCUAAUUCAAAUUUAAUUUAAUUUUGUAUUGUGGUUAUUUUUUAUGAAAAUGAAUAGAUAAUUGCUGUAAAAGUAUUGCAUUUUUGUUUCUUUAUUACAAAUUAAUUUGGUGCUGAUUAAUUCUUUACUUUGAUUUUGAACUUCAUGCAUUAUCUAUACUAGCAAAUGUGAAUCCUCGUUUUUUUGUAAUUAUUGGAUUUCAUCACUCUCAAAUUGCUCUUGUAGUUGAUUGAAGAGAAUUUUAAAUAAUCCUUUGUGGUUUUGUCUGUAUUAAUAUGAUAAAAUGUUUUGAUAAAAUGCUUGCUUUCCAUUUUCUUGAUUAUUAUAAGAUAUUGUCAUCUUUCAAUGCUGUACCGUUGCCAACGUAACCUUUCUGCUGUCUUAUUAUUUUCACCUACAAACCAGUCACAUAAGGACAUUGUUUUCAGAUCUUUCAGUGUUUCAUUCAGUGAAGCAAUAAUAUGUAUGAAGUGGUGAAAUUAUUUAGAUAUUUCUUAAGAUUAAAUUAAAAAUUAAAUACAUUUAUAUUUAUAAAUGUUGCUUUGUGUAAACACAAUGAUGAAAGCUUAUUACGAGGAGGAGGGGUUGUCUUUUUUGCAAUUUUUGGUGAUUUUGACAAAUAAGUCAUUUUUUACCUUUCUUUGUCAUUUUUAAUGCAUUUUUCUCUGAUUUCAUCAAUUUUAAUAUAAUUUUUAUGGUACU